CCAAUCUCCAACAAAAUGCAGUUCAUCGCCGUCUUCAUUGCUACCCUGGCCGCCGUGGCCUCUGCCUCCCCUUCCACCGAGAAGCGCUCAUGCGUCGCCAACUACGAUGUUGCAUGCCAGUCUGGCGGUGACCCUUGCUGCGAUGGCUGGCAGUGUGUUGGUGCCACUGAGUGGAACGCCGGUGUUUGCAUUCCCAACUACUAAGGCCGCAGGGGAAAGAAUCUGAUAUUUGUGCGGGCAUAAAUAGAAAUUCACGUUUCCUUC